AUGGCCUACGGCCGCGACACCAAAUAUUUUACUAUCAGAAUUCAUCACGGUGGAAAAGUAACAGAUUCUACUCCGUGGGAAUACAUCAGGGGAAAGGUUUCAUACCUUGACUACUGCAAUGCCAAUUAUUUCAACCUUGCACAUCUUAGUGCUGCUAUAGUGGGAUUGAGAUACCAUAGGAAAACUAUUGUUUACAGUUACUACAGGCACCCCAAGAAGCACAACACUGUUGAAUUACUUCCAUUGUUGGAACCUUCGCAUUUAAGAGCCUUACCGGAUUUUGUUGGGGAGUACAGGAUUUUCGAUGUUUAUUGUGAGCAUGUCACUCCUUUUGAAGCUGAUGAAAGGUUGAAAGAAGAUCAGGGCAAGUGUCACCAUAGAGGAGAUUGCUUCAGAGAUACACAUGCCAGUCAGCCUUGUGAAAAAAAAAAUACAACAGUUCAAACAGGGGAUCACCUCAUUGAAUGGAAAGAUGCAGAUCAUGAGUUCCUUGAGCUUCUUGAAAGACCAUUUAGGAAAUCAUUUGGUCGCAGUGAAGUUGAAGCAUCCGGCCAGAUUCCUCAAUCACAGAAGAUUACCGACGGUGAAGGAAAAGUUGAUUCAAUUUCAGUUGCUAGCCAUCCAGCAUCGGGAGUUGCAAAUUACUGUAAAAGUCUUAUUGGCCCCUUUAACCACAAUGGUGUCAUUUUUUCAUCAGGUAGUGGUGUGGUUGCUUUCGCAACGGGGCCAUCUCAAUACCACAACUCGGCAGGGCAGCACGGUAUUCAUUUCCACGCGAAUGUUGCUGAUGAAGAGGUGGUUUCUCCUCGUAACAGAACCAACUAUGGAGCAUGUAACUUCCUUGGGACCAACAGACCUAAUGAAGAUGUUGUAGUUGUAGAUGCAAGUGAUGAUGAUCAUCUUCACGAAGCAGUCCAUGAAGCUGGGCAGUAUGCAACAUGUACUGGUGGCGUUGAUGAGACAAAACGAGUGCGAUACAUUGUUGCAGAAGGUCCUGAGAAGCAUGCUUCUUGUCCGGAAGUUUACCAACGGGUUGAAACAAUUAUUAGGCAUCAUGGGACAGUUGGUGUGGAUUCUCCUGAUAUCGUUUUGCAAACAUGGAUAAUGUGUUCGGAUUGUGCAGAGAUGAACAUUUGUUUGCUUCGUUUGGACAACGAUGCAGAAAGGGACAGUAGUACAUAUGAUCAAUCUGGAUCAUCAACGAACCCUAAGGCUGAGAGUGUUGUUGCUUCACGUGAAGGUCCGCCCUCUGGAGAAACAGUUCCGGCUAAGUCUUCAAAAUCCUCUAAUGGCAGAGUAUACCCCAGACCAAAGCGUGUGUUUAAAGAUAAGGGUCCAGAAGAAGUAACUGACAUGUGGGAGGAUAAUGCCAAUCUAGAACUCCAUAGCGACCCCAUGAAUGAUGAUGAAGCUGCUUCCCAUCAAGGUAGGUACACAAAUUUUAAGAGUACAGAUGGUGUUUCAGAGUUUUGGUUGCAUCAAAAAUUCGAUUCUAAGAAUGACUUUAAGAAUGCCGUCAAAACUUACUCCAUUUUGUCGGGUAGACCGGUGACCAUGUACACAAAUGAUGGUGCCCUUCUAAGGGCAACGUGCAGUGGAGGAUGCAAAUGGUUUGUAUAUGUGAAGAAGAUAAGUCAUGAUGGUUCUAAUUUUUUCGUCGUGCAUCCUAUGAGAGAUAUUCACACAGUUUGCACUCUGGAUAAGAAGAACAAGAAGAAGUGUGUUCAUGAUGAUUUCGACGCUGAAAUUGGAAACUCUGUGGCAUACAAGGCUAGAUCCAUGGCACGGGAAAGUAUUAUAAAAUCCAAUGCAGCAGACCAUUACAAGCUGAUUUUUAAUCACAAAUAG